AUGGGCAACUGUAAUGCAGCUGUUAUGCAAUUAGAAACUGGAGCAAAGUUGAGGAAGAAAACAAAUAAUGAGUUUAUAAGUGCGACACUGUACAAACAAAUCAUUGGAUCCUUGAGGUAUCUUUGCAAUACCAAGCCAGUUAUUUGUCAAAGUGUCAGAUUGUUAAGUAGAUUCAUGGAGAAACCCCAAGAAUGUCAUCUCACUGCAGUUAAGAGGGUAUUGAGAAACAUAAAGAGUACGAUUGAUCAUAGUGUGUUGAUGUCAAGGAAGACGAAGACCAACACAGAUGCAAAAGUAUAUGGCUACACUGAUUCAGAUUUCAGUGGAGAUCAAGACGAAAAGAAGAGUAUUGCAGGAUACAUAUUCAUGAUAGAAGGCACUCCAAUCUCACAGAGCUCAAGGAAACAAAGCAUUGUUGUUUUGUCAUCAUGUGAAGUUGAGUAUGUGGUUGCACAUAUACAACAUGCCAAGCAACAUGGAUAA